CAAUAACAUUAGAGUUGGUAGCACUUUUACAGCUGUCAUAAUUUUUACAUAACCUUUUAGACAAAACAGAUUCAUACUAAAACUAAUACAAAAUGAACUUUACACGCGUUUUAUUACGUCAAAUUAAACCAAAUAAAGGUGUUAGCCGCAUGUAUUCAGCUGAAGCAGCUGCGGCGCCUGCUGCUAGUGGAGCUAACAUAACUAUACCAGUAUCGGAGGGUAGCGCAAAACCGCUGAACCCAAAAUUGGAUAGCAUAGUGAAUAGUAUUGCAGGAUUAAAUUUAUUAGAAGUAUCUGAAUUAAGUUCGUUGUUAAAGAAAAAACUAAAUUUACCUGAGACAGCAUUUGUACCACAAAUGGCAGCGGGACCUGCACGCUCAGCAGCUGCUGAUGACGAUGAAGAGGCUGCACCAAAAAAAGUACAAACCGCAUUUAAAGUCAAACUAAUGAAAUUUGAUGAUAAACAAAAAGUUGCGCUAAUUAAGGAAAUUAAAAAUCUUGUGGAAGGCAUGAAUUUGGUGCAGGCUAAGAAAUUCGUUGAAAGUGCACCAACAAUUGUCAAAGAAGAUAUACCCAAAGAAGAAGCAGAGAAACUAAAAGAAGCAUUAACUAAGGCUGGAGCUGUUAUUGAAAUUGAAUAAAGCUUUUAUUUUCCUUAAUACUAUUUACUGUUAUUAAAAUUGUUUACUACAAUAAAAAGGUAAUAA